AUUUGUUUCGACACGUCGAAAACUUCACUCGUGAUGUGAGAUCGAAAUUGCAUAAACCACAUGUAACCAUCUGAGUGAUCUUAGUUACCCACCAUUCUCCACGAGUGAUUUUACGGUCUAAAUUAUUAAGCACGAUUUUUUAAUGUUUUGGGUUCCUGGGGAUACUGAAGUUUUGAAUGUGAGAGUACAAAGAGUCACCACUUUGACAAACUCAACCUACCUCCAACGUUAUUGACGCCCUGCGGAGCAAGAUUCGAACGCAGCCUUUGUCGGCUUCUUCUCCGGUAGCGAUGUUGUACUACGUGGACUGGGGAACAGUUCUUCUUUAUUUGGCGUCCUUUUGCGCCUUUUCCUUGAUCUUGCUCUGUACUGUGCUGUACGCUACGGCAAGCAAGCUACCCGUUGUGCUUCGCCACGAAGAAGAGCUGUACUUCAAGGACCCGUCUCGCCCAGGAGUACGACACCGAUUCGCGCACCUCAAAGAUGAGCCCAGCGUGCGCCUGUCAGUCAUCGUGCCGGCCUACGACGAGGAGAAGCGCCUACCGCCAAUGUUGGACGAGUGCCUCGAAUACCUGGAAGCCAGGCGGGCGAAGCAGCCCGACUUUACUUACGAGGUGAUCGUCGUCGACGACGGUAGCCGCGACCGCACCUCGGAGGUGGGGCUGAGCUACUGCCUCAAGUGGGGCUCGGACAAAGUCAGGGUCCUCACGCUAGUCAGGAACAGGGGCAAAGGAGGAGCUGUGCGCCUGGGUAUGCUGAGCGCACGGGGCGAGCGUCUGCUGUUUGCAGACGCGGACGGUGCAACUCGCUUCUCGGACUUGGACAAGCUCGAGCAAGAGGCAGACACGCUCUUCCAACAGAGCCCCACGGCAGUGGUGGUAGGCUCCCGUGCCCACUUGGAGAAGGAGUCUAUGGCAGAGAGGUCUAUCCUGCGCACGUUCCUCAUGUUGGGCUUCCACUUGCUGGUGUGGCUGUUUGCCGUUCGGGGAGUGAGGGACACUCAGUGCGGCUUCAAGCUGUUCUCCAGGGAGGCUGCGCGGUACCUGUUCCCCUCACUUCAUGUGGAGAGAUGGGCCUUCGACGUUGAGAUGCUGUACAUAGCGCAGAGGCUCAAGUUCCCCAUUAGAGAGGUGGCUGUUCACUGGACUGAAAUCGAAGGUUCCAAGGUGGUUCCCUUCUGGAGCUGGCUGGAAAUGGGUCGAGACCUCUUUCUUAUCUGGCUCCGCUACACCAUUGGUGCAUGGGCGAUAGCCGUGCGUCCCGAUAAAGUUAAAUAGUGGAUUACAUUCUGUGAUCUAUUUCAAGUUCAUUCUACAUCAUUGCGUGUCCAGUUCUUGUGCACACUGUGGAAGCAUGAAAACAUCUUUUGAAAGAUAAAUGAAUAAAAUAUUUUCGUACGAAAGAUA